CCGCGGCGGGCGGCGGCGGCGGCCGCAGGAGGAGGAGGAGCGGGAGCAAGAGGAGGAGCAGCGGCGGCGGGGGCUCCCCCUGCAGCCCGGCCGGGUUCCUGUUCUACACCCACCCCAAUGGUAUCAGAAUGUCUUCUGGACUGCUUGGUGAUAAAAAACAUUAGAGAAGAAGACUAGCAUCUGUCAAAUGGGGUUCCCUCUCCAUUUCUCUCUACACACCUUUCCUUUUAGGGGAGAAGAAGUGAAGAAUAGUAUGAAAAGUGCAAAAUGUUUCAAAUUCCUGUUCAAAACCUUGAUAACAUAAGGAAGGCUCGAAAAAAGGUGAAGGACAUUCUUGUGGAUCUUGGGCUUGACAACUGCAGGGAACUGUUGAAGAAUCUUAAAAGUUUUGAUGCAGGUGAAAGCUACUUUCGUAACACUUCAUGGAGUGAUGUCUCUCCUUGGGAGCCUGUGGGCAGAAGGAAGAGAUACAGAACCAAGCCGUACUGCUGUAGCUUAUGCAAGUUCUCAUCCAAAUUGCUUACUUCUUUCAAGAAUCACUUGCAUCGUUGCCAUGAGGACGAAAUUGACCAAGAGAUGGUGGUUUCUUGCCCAAAAUGUACAUUUUCUUCUCAUCCCAAAGUAGUGGGAGAACACAUCUGGAUGUUUCAUUCCUCUAAUAAACGAAUACAGAACUAUACAGUCAGCAUUUUGGAUGGCAUGAAACAAUUUAGGAGUGACAUCAUAAACUUCACAUGUCUAAAAUGUCAAUUCACAGACACCUUGUAUUACAAUAUGAAGAGACAUGUGCUGAUGAACCAUUUCGAAAACUUAUUAAGUGUCUAUUUCGGUGAGAAAUGUGAUGAAAGUACACCAAAUUCAUUUGAGUUCUACUGUAAAAAAUGUAAUGCUCCUGCAAACAACCCAGAUUCUUUGAUGUACCAUGUAUUGACAGCUGAAACACACAGAGACCUGGAGAACAAACUUCGAUCUCUGAUUUCAGAACGUCUUAAGAAACCUGGAUUUGUGAAACAAAUGUAUAUUGCUCCAAAGCCUGUCUCAGGUGUAGCAGCAGCCGCUCCAUCUGCAGGACCUGCUGCUGUCCCAACAGGUGCUGUGACAGCUCCAUCUUGCAUCCAGGUUGCAUUUCCACAGAAUAAUCAAAACCAGAGCAUGGUGCAGACACAAGCAGUUCAGAACACAGUCGGACCAGUGACUGUCCCAAGUGCCUCUGGCAGCCUCCCACAAACCACCUGUGCUCCUGCCGCUAUGUCCUUGCAAGUUGCUCUUGUGCCCAGCAAUCCUCCCGUGGCUCAGAACAGCCUUGGAAUUCAGCCAUCACCUUCACAGCCCGUCGUUGUUUCUCAUGGGCUCCCUCUUAAUCAUUCUGUUGGGACUAUAAAUAGAACUGUGGCCCCUGCAGUUCUUCCUCUUAAUCAGCCAGUGAGGCCUGGGCUCUUUCCUGUUAAUCAACCCAUUGGUACUAUAAACAGUCCAGUUCCAGCUGGAACGCUCCCUGCUACUCAACCUGUCAGCCCUGUGAAUCAACCAGUUGCACCAGGAGUUCUCCCUGUGAAUCAGCCAGUUGCUCCAGGAAUUCUGUCUGUCAGCCAGUCACUUCCUGUGACACAGACAGUUGGGUCAGGUCUUCUCCAGCUUAACCAGCCUGUUGCCUCUGGGGUGGUUCCUGUCACACAGCCUGUUGGACCUGGGUUCCUUCAGCUUAAUCAACCUGUUGCCCCAGCAGUUAUCCCAGUAAAUCAGCCAGUUCAGCCUCCAGUUUCUCAAAGUACGGCUUUUUUGACUGCGGGCUCUAUACUGAGGCAGUUGAUUCCCACUGGCAAGCAGGUUAAUGGGAUACCUACUUUCACGCUGGUCCCCGUCUCAGUUACUUUGCCUGUACCUCCUGGCGGUGGAGUGGCGACUGUGACACCUCCGCAGGUGCCUGUCCAGCUCAUGCAGUCGGGGUCAGUGGCUCAGCUGUCCCAGUCACCAGCCAAUGCUCCCUCUCCUCCCCUGGUUCCGACCUCUGAGAAUGUAUCCUUACAGGCCUCCCCGCCUGCUCCUGAAACAAGCCAGGCCGUCAGACAGGCCAAGCAGUGGAAGACCUGCCCUGUUUGUAAUGAGCUUUUCCCGUCAAAUGUCUAUGAGGUGCACAUGGAGGUGGCCCACAAACCUUGUGAAAUAAAAGUAGAAACCCCAGAACCUCACAAACUUGCAGCUUGUGCACCUUUUCUGAGGAUGACAGAAAAGGCGAUCCGGUGUUACGCUUGUAAAUGUUUUCUCUGUGAGGAAGAGCUCAUGAAGCAUAUCUUCAUGCAUGGCUUAUCUUGCUUGUUUUGCACAGGUACUUUCUAUGACUUAAAAAGCCUUGUGGAGCACAACAAAGCUGCACACAAUGGGAGAAAGCAGUUGCAUGCAAGUUACAGCAACAGAGGAAUUCAGCUAGGUAAUGAUGCUCAGGGUGGCCUUGUGUUUCCACACUUCGAUUUCAACACAGUGCUACCAGACGAAGACAUGGGUGAAAGGGAAGUACAUUUGGCAGUUCUUGUUGGAGUAUAUUCAACAAUUCUUGUCCCUGUUUACAUCAAAGUGAAACCUCAGACAGCGCAAGUGAACAGGAGAUGCACCAGAAAAAUGUUCACCUGUCCCUUUUGCUUAGGUACGUUUGCUGGUCGAGAAACCUAUGAAAAGCAUUUGAAAGAGAGGCAUCAUAUAAUGCCGACUGUACAUACGAUUUUAAAGUCUCCUGCUUUCAAGUGCAUCCACUGUUGUGGUGUGUACCCUGGAAAUAUGACUCUGACGGCUAUUGCUGUACAUUUGCUCCGUUGUAGAAGUGCUCCCAAAGACACCAACUCGAGCCUGAAGAUGCAGCUUGAGCGCACUGAGAGGAAAGAGCUGCUGUUUGUGAAUGGGUGUCAAGUAGCUGCCUGGUGGAUGCAGCACAGCUCUGUGGGAUGGCUGCAGAGAGAAAAUACAUCACGGAAUUCAAAUUCAAAUACUGUAAAUGACUACAUUUUAAAAGUGCAAGGUAAGUGAGGAGACCAGCAAUAUGGUUAGCAUGUACGGUGGUACUUUUCAACUACUCAGAGCUUUAUUGCAGAAUUUAGAGCAUUGUUGGUGUGGGAAGAAGCAGAGUCACCUAGAUCCCAGGGCUGUGUUCCAUCAUGUGUUGAGUAUCUUCAAAGAUGGAAAAUACUUUUAACCUCUCUGGGCAACCUGUGCCAAGUGCUGUUUUUGCCAGUCUCACAGUAAAAGUCAUGUUUAGAUGAAGUUUGAGGUUUCUCAUUUGUGCCCACUGCCUCUUGUCCUGCCAACAGGGUCUGCCUUUCCUAACACUUCUGGAUAAGGAACGAGUCCUUGGAAAAUGGCAUCUGCCAGUAACAAAGUAGUCAAAAAUCUGCUGCAGCAGGCAGUAAAAAUAUAUUGAAGAUCAGCAGCAGCUACACAUCCAUUUACUAAGAAAAAAUGCUUCUGCUGUGUUCUGGUAGGAAACUUCUCUGCUGUUAAGAAUCAGUGCAUCAAAGGAUGGCACAGUUGCUACAUCCAUGCUGCCAAUUCCUUUAUCUUCACCUGGAUCAGUUAAUGGCUGAUGGACAGCACUGUUGUACAAAGGAAACUUGGGUGAACUAUUCUGUUUGGGAAACUUGGCAUUGAGAACAAGGACUGAAAUUUUUUUUUAUUGCAGUGUGGUCCAGUGAUGUUAACUCAGUCUGCUUUAAUUGUGUGUAUUUGCUAUUUAUUUACUCGUUGAGUGCAAAUGUGAGUCUGCUGCUUCUGACUGUAACAGAAAAUGACCACAAGGUGUGAUGGAUCAUGAGUAACACACCAGAGCAAGAAGGGCCACAGGAAUGGUUAACAUUCUGUGUUUCUGUACUGCACAUGCCCUUAAUGCAGCAACAAUGAUGUGAAAAGUUCAAAGAGCAUUUCCGAGGCUCUGGCCCUUGCUCACACCCAUGUUUGCCUCUGAAGUUUUUUAAACAGUUGCCAAGAGAAACUUCUCCCCAUGAACAUAACAACAGAUGCUUGUUACUGGAUUGUAAUCAAGCCUUUGCGUAUUUUUGAGUGUGCUUAGACUUGACUAAAAAUCCUUCUCAGAAUAAUGAAAACCAUCUCAGUUCCAUGUAUCAUUGUUGUUACAAUCUGGACUGUGUUAGCUGCUUUGCCAUCACGACUGACUGACCUGGGAGAAGGGUAACACAGCUCUCCUCCACAACUUGGCCUGCUCUGUUCCCAAGCUGUGGUUGCUGACCAGCACUUCCUGGCUGUGCCAUCUCCCAGAGCAGGGCUGGGAAGGCUGUGUUGAGAUUGUUGGUGAUGACACAUCCUUAUUACAUGACUUAUGGAUGGAAAAAGUUUCCAUCUCUCUUUUUUGCUAGUCUCCAUGAUAAUCAUUCUGUUAUGUGGUUUCGUUCUCCUGACUCUUCCUGCCUAUACAGUUUCUCCUGUUGAAACCUUCUAAAGCCAGAAAGGAAAAUAGGAUAGACUUAAUUUUUUCUACUUUGGAAAUGUGUAUUUCCAUUUCUCACAUCCCCUUUGACUCAGCUGGGCCUUGAGUGAGGUCUUAAAGCUGUGGUGCAGGGACACAGCAAGUGCUGCAUUAUGGAUGUGAGCAGCACUUUGGAAAGUGCUGAGCCACGAGAUGCUGAUGGAGAGUUUACAUUGCCACUUCAUUCUUGUUAAAGAAGCAAAAUGCACAACCUGCCAUGUUCAACACACGCACAGGGAAUGUGUAUAUAUAACAACAUUUGUUUUCCAGCAUGAAAGCCAGACAGGCUGCUGCUUGUAUCUUGUUUUCUGGCCAAGACAUGUCCCUGCUUCUGAUCUGGAUGAAGCUGAUGGUGCCCACAGCCACUGCUGAUGACAGUACAGCCACAGUUGCUGCAUGGAAUUGAUGGCUGCAAAUAUCUAAACUUACUUUGCUAUGCCAGAGGCCUCGUGACGCAGCAGUCGGGGGGUGGUGGCUGCUCCUGACUCAUGCUUAUAGCCAGACAGCACCAUGUACAAAUUAUGUAGUAAAUCAGGGUCAUCCUGCAUCUUUGAUUGCCAUUUGUACUUGAAAUUCAAACUUAAAAGUAUUAACCCCUCAUAUUAGGAUUCUUUACUAAAGUAAAUUGCUAAAUUCUCUACAAUAGCCAAAUGUGCUCUUCCUGAAGAGGCUGAUGUGGAGCCUGAUAUGGAACACUGUGAUAUAAAUAUAUUUAUAUGCAUAUGUAUGUGUAUAUUUGUGUGUAACCAUGCAUAUAUGUGCAUAUGAAUAUAUCUGUAUUUACUGAAUGUUGCUCCUGCUGCUGCAGCUUAAAACUUGGCUAAAAAGGAAAUUUAUAUACCAAACUGUAGUAACAACCCAUCCAAUUCUUCCACUGUCAGCAAACAGUGCAGAAUUGCAGAACACCAAGCUGAAGAGCAGGCUUUAAUUUGGAACCUGCCACAUUAGCACUGGUGAGAACUUCUGUUCUGCUGUAUAUCAUAACCCACUGACUGAAUCAUUUAACCCCCUAGGACUAUUCAGCAGUGCUGCAGAGGAAUGCUGGCUUAGAAGGAGAGUCAGAACUGGAUGAAACAGAUUGAAAGCUUCUGUAUAUAUUGCACUCAUGCUGAGAACUGAGCACAAAGAGGCAAAUUGAGAAACCUUGCCAAGCACAACAGAAGGCAUUUGAGAAAACACAGGGGUGGCUCUUUACAGCAUGAAGCUAUGGAAUGAUGAAGGAGUGUCAGAAUUACAGAGACAUCAACACACUUUGGCUGAGGUUACUCUCCUUACUGGACCUGGCUAAACGAAGCAGAAUCUAGCUUUGGGGAAGGCAAAUCAGAGAAUACUCUGGGGGGAAGAAUAGAUUUAUUCUGUUUUAAGAAAGGACUGAGAUCUAACAGGUAUCUGUUAAUACAAGUGUGAAAGUAAUUUAUAGGUUCACAAGUGUAUUCUUUAUAUAUAUACACACACAUACACACAUACAUACAUACAUAUAUAUAUAUAUACACACCAAUAAUCAGAAUUGUUCUCAUAUAUAUGAUAAUCUAAUGAAAAAUUUAAGGUUAACAACCUUUCUUUAUGUAAGUAAUGGUAGGAUUACUGCACUAUCUCAGGAAUUACUACGUCUUCAGGGAAGGCUGUUCUUUAUUUUUUAUUCUCCUUUAUGUCCUAGGAAAGGCAAAAAUCCUUUUACAAGAGCUUUUACUUUAUUUCACUGUUGCCUGAGGUCUAACCUUUUGGUUCAUUUAACAUCAUGGCCAGCUGUAUCUUGAAAACUUCCAGUUGGGGUGACUCUACCAUGUCCCUGGUGAGUUUAUUCCAGGGAUUCGUUAUCACUGUAAAAAAAAGUAUUUCUUAUAUUGAGAUUAAAUGCUCACACUUUUUUCCAUUAAGCAGUGCAUGUACAAAGUCUGUUAAAAUUGAGAAAGGUUUUGGGCAAUUGAUGUUUUCCCAGUUUUCAAAGGAAGCACCUUUGCUUUCAGUAUUGAUUCUACACAAUUGGCCAUAAUGCAAAUGUUGGUAGCAUUUAAUGUGUAUAGAAUUGUAGCUUCAAAUAUAACUGAAACCUUCAGCUUCAUGGUAUUAAUUAGCAUAUAAAAAAAUUAGCAAAAGCUGAUGUACUACUUAAUGCCAGAAGCAUAUCCUUUUGACUGUAGUUGUGAUAACAUGAGGCAAACCAACUGCUAGGGCUUGGAAACGUUCUCCUCACAGAGUUUUUGUUUGUUAAUGGGCUAAGCUCUCCUUGGCUUAUGCAACAGGCUCUGCAAAAGUUUGCAGCCCAGAGAGAGCUGGGAGAGAGCUCAAAAUGAGCAGUCCCUGAACACCUAUACAGGAGGCAGAAUGCUGUAGCAGUGGUAGGUGCAGCUGCUCUUAGAAGGUGACUGAGUUUCCUGCAGUUGUCCCCUUCAUUACUGCUCCAGUGGAGCAGCUGGAGCCACUGUCUCACUGUAUAAAAGCAGCAGUUCAAAGAACUGGCAGGAAGUUGCAAUCAGGUCUUGCACAACCCUGGCAGAGAAAUCUUUUUUCCCCUCAUUGUUACUUUUUGGAAUUCACUUCCAAAUAUAGGGUCACCUUACAGUCCAGACUUCAAAUAUGAAACACAGGCCACAGUCUGACAGAGCAUUCAUGUAUUUGUAUUUGCUCAUGUAAAUGCUCCCAGGGCUUCCUAGGAAUAGAGAUGGUGGGGAAAAGUUUUUAAAUAUUCUUCGUUAUGUGUAAAAGGAAGAGCUUGGAGAAGUGUCAUGAACUCAGUAGAGAUGUAUAAAUAACAUUUAACCUUUGAACAGAGACACACGUGCAAAUCUCCAAGUGAUGACUCCACAGUCAUCAUUGGUGGGUAAAGCACCAUGAAAGCAGAGCAUGGGAGAGGAGAAGGGCUGUGAAGUGACACUGCAGUUCCAGGUGUGAUUUUGUGCCCGCUCAGAGCUGACUGUUCCCCACCUCUGAAAUUCAAACACCAGCUCUUGCUGGGUUCAGAACUCAGCCAGAAACCUCUCGCUUUUACCCACUCUGGAAUUUGUCCCUGUGGCUGAUCCUCUCCUGGGGGUGUACAAAGGGCACUUCUGGCAUCUCUGUUUCUGUGCCAUGCCACCCUGCUGGGAAGCACCAAACUAAGCAAAGAUGAUGGUGGCAUCAUUCUGGAACCAAUUAUUGCCAUUGCUGGCUUUUACCAGAGAAGCAAAUAACGUUUUGUAAAUGUUUCAUCUGGGUCCUGUUAGAAAAGCAACAAACAGGCUUGUGCUGCUUUGAAGUGCCCUUGUGCUGUCUCCAUUCCUUUUAAGUGAACCCAGAUUUCCACACAGAUGGUGACAGAAGAUCAUUAGCACUUUAAUGGAAAACUCCUCUGAAACCUGUAUCAGAUUUGUCCCCUUCAGGUUCAAAUUUCCUAAGUUGCAAUUAAGACUGGGCUUGGUUUCUUCUAUUUUUUAUCCCUGUUCAAUUGAAUUCAAAACCCACAAGUAAAUAGUUCCUUCAUUCCUCUGAGGUAGUCCAAGGUAUUGUGAAAACCUAGAAAAUACUUAAAUGCUUUCGUUCAUCCAGUAAAAAGAGUGUAAACCCCUAUACAGUCUGAAUGCUGGACUUCCAUUUCAGAAUUUAGGAUUCUGUGAAAUCUCAUUGGUUCUGUAUGUAUUUAACAUAACCUCUCAAAAGCAUCACUCUCUUCUAGCAAGCAAUGGACACUGACAUAUAAAUAACAGAAUCACAAAAUCUCUGGGCUUAAAUUCUGCUUCCCCCAGAUCCAUUGCACAAAUUAAGACAACUUUGUGUUAUAAUUUCUCAUCAAAGAAAAUUUUCACAGACAUAUAAAAAUAAAUUUACUGUAUAUUCCACCAAAA